CCUCCAUUUGAAGCCAGAGUAUUUGGAGGCAGCCCAGUUCGUUCAGAUUUCUGCAAUUGCUUCCCAUCUUUUAAACGACUCUCAGAAGCAACUGGAUCGCUUUGAGAAUUCACGAGCAGAGUUGUAAGAUUUUCGGAGCUUGUUUUAGGCUUGUAAGCUGGAACUUUAACUGCCAUGGAUCCUAAUGUUUAUGUUGGUGAAAAAACGGAAGCGAAACUCUACAUUGGUAACCUUGACAUGAGAAUAACCGAGGCUGCUCUAAUCAAGAUGUUUUCCCCAUUUGGGAAGAUCGUACACGAGGAAUUCCUGCUGCACACUCGUGGCCGGAAACGUGGAGAGCCUCGAGGCUUUGCUUUUAUCCAGUAUAGUAGUGUAGAGGAAGCAAAAUUAGCCAAGGAGAAGAUGCACGGCAGACUAGCCUGCGGACGCCCUCUAGUUGUCCGUCUUUCCAGCGAAAAGUUCUCAAUACAAGAACCACAUAAUCCUUCCCAAUCCGGCAAGGCCACCAAAACAAGCCUUUCGGCCAGCAGUUCAGGACAGAUGAGUCGGACCUCCAAAAUCGCAGCAAUCAAGAACAAACUGAAAGCUCUGGAGGGCGAGGGCUUCAGCGCCAAGAAGCAGAAGCAAGACGAUGUAUCCGGCAGCAACAGCAUUGCUCAUACAUCAGUCCAGAGAUAACAAAUUACUUGAUCUGUUAUAGUAACUUCCAUUCCCCCAACUUCACCGGAAUCGAACACGAAAUGCAUUAAAUUCAAUAUCGAUAUCACAUCAGAUGUUUGAUACUUUGACAGUGUAACUUACAUUCCUCUCAAUCCUAUUCUAAAACGAUUCUUACUA